ACAACGUAAAUAUGGACAAUUGAGGGCAGCAAACAACCAUAACAAAGUCAACGAAAUGAUUAUUCGUGAGGACUGGCAAACUUUUUUUUCUUCACUAGGUUGCUUAUGAGACUGAUCAAUGGACAGACUUCUCAAUAUUCACACUGACCUCCCAUUGCCAGAGGAUGCAGGUGAUAAAGUUGCCAUGGUAACAGGAGAUUAUCUGUAUUAUCACUACGGAUGCGAUGGCAUUGACGACAGGGGAUGGGGUUGUGGAUAUCGCACCCUGCAGACACUUUGCUCCUGGGUGAGACUCCAACAGCAGCAGCUGAGCCUGCAGCAGGACGUCCGGCAAACUGAACCAACUCUGCAGGAGGUCCAAGAGGCCCUGGUUGCCAUGGGCGACAAGCCAUCAUCCCUUAUUGGCUCUAAGGAGUGGAUUGGCUCAUACGAAAUCUGCAUCUGCAUUGACCAUUUCUACGAUGUUCCUUGCAAGAUUCUACACGUGAGCAGAGGUGCUGAGUUGAUCAGUAAGAUUCCUGAUUUGUGGCAGCAUUUCCAAGACAUCGGAUCCCCCGUGAUGAUGGGUGGUGACUGUGAUGCAGCAUCCAAAGGCAUUAUGGGUAUUUGCAUCGGCCAACAAAAAACCUACUUAUUAGUUCUGGAUCCACACUUCUAUGGUGAUCCAUCUUUUGAUGCUCUCAGAAGUUCUUCAUACUUACUUUGGAAAGCUCUGGACUCUUUCAUGGAGAAUUCCUUCUACAACAUGUGUCUGCCCAUACUGAAGACAGCCAGGUGACUGUCACCCAUCUACAUAUAAAAGCAUUAAUUUCCACUGUCAGACGUACAGCCUUUGGUUGGAUCAGCCAUUGUCCUCGAUCUCUGCAGUGCAGUAACUUGUCAUCCGAUAUUUGUGACAGGGGGACGCAUAUGAUUUACAUUUCAAGUCCAGUUUUAUUGUUCCCCCUAGUGGCAGAUAUCCAUUUUCUGUUGUAAACAUCUAGCACAAUUUGCCUCACGUGUGAUUUACAAAGAAUCACAAGUUGGCCAACUAAAACGUUUAAAAUUUGUCAAUUCACCUUAAAAUAUUCAAUUCACGUGUUGGAUUUAAUUCGAAUUAAUCUCAGCUCUCUUUCCUAUUUUAGUUAAAAACAAACCGAUUUUCCUGAUAAAAAUGGUUGUUUUUAAAUUGUAGUUCCGUCCCCAUAAAAGGUAAAAUAUAACAUGGUUUUUGCUUUAUAAAUGUACCACACAGACUACUUCGGCCAAAUUCAGACAAAAUGUGAAAGAAAUAUUCGGACUAAGGUGAAAUAAAUUCGUAUUUUUUUAGCCGCCAACCCCUAUAAAAUGUGUCUCCGACCCUAUUGUGGAGGGUUUCUAUCUGAUAUUCUACCCUAAAUUUCAUACAAACUCAUUUUGAGACCUGGGUCUAUGCCAUUAUUUUCACAUAAAUCGGGUAUGUGGA